GUGAAAGUCACCUUCAAAACCCUCAAAGACAUUUUCAAUAGGUACAUUCUUGUAUGGAAAAACAGAAUGUACCUAUAAUUCCCUAUGAAUUUUGCCUCAGAAACUUCGAAUUUUGAGUAUUCAUUGAAACAAAUGGAAGAAAUGGAGGAUUUCAGUGUAGAAUGUUUGGACGUAUAUCCGGAAAUUGACUGGGAAUACGAGUUUGACGCGGCAUGGUUUUAUGAUUUUUGUCGUCCGGAAUCACCUUCUGAGGCUGCAGAAGCCGAACGCUGGUUCCAAACAGCCGGAAACUAUCCUCCAUCUCCUCUUGUUGUAAAGUUGAACCUGGUGAAGGACAGCGCAGCAGAAUGUUCGUGUGGUCCCUCUAGAUUACGAGAAGAGCAAACUGCAAAAUCAAGCAGCAACACCUCGUAUAUUCAUAUUAACUCUGCAGUUUCACCCUGUAAACCGAAAAAUGAAGGAACAUUUUCUAAUAGUCCAAUGGUUCAUGAAAGUUCUAAAGCUAAGAUAAAGUCAGAGCCCAGAUCCUUGAAAGCCAGAGAGUCAACUUUAAUGAAGCCCACUGCUAGUCAUCUGGCUAAACUAAGGUCCCAGAAACCACCUAACGAGACCGAUAUGAGAAGCUCAUGGAAUUCUUCAGGAUCUUACAAUUUAGCUACUAAAAGACAAAAGCUAGAGAGUGGUUAUCUGCGCAAGGUCACUGUUCCUAGAGAUCCUCAACUGGAGACCAUGCAAAGGGCACAAAGACGAAGUUUCAGGUCCAAGAAUGAUUCUGAGUCAAGUGAUUAUGCAAAAGCUAAAGGCCAACCUUCAAAGGCACAGCCCUUGAAUAUAAAAAUUCUCAAACCUCCUCAUCCGAAGAGCACACUGCGGUCGCCAAAUUUUCAUUUAUCGAACAGCCAAACUGCUGAGUCUGCUGCACAUAGCACUUCUGUGGACUUCAAAAGACCAAACACUAAAAAUGCUGUGAAGCAUGGGAAUUCUAUAACACUGCUCAAAUCAAAAGCUCUACGAUGUAACAAGAUCUUCCCAAGUAGUGAAGAUACUAGAAUAUGUGAAAACAUUGGAGAAACAAGUAUAACCUCAACUGAUUCUAAAUCUACACCUGAUAAGAGGCUUCCACCAGUUGAAUUGUUUAAUAAGUUGUCCCUUAGAUCUGAAAGGAAAACUAGUGUAGUAUCUCGGCCAAAAAUCCAUGCCUCUUGAAAGGUGCCUUUGAAAAUUUUGAGGAAUCCCUUGUGCGUGAUGGAAAUGAGUUAAUUUCAAUACUUGUUUCUAAAACGGACCUAAAAGAGAAUUCACCAAACACUUUGGAUGCAAAGGGGUUUGACGAAUAGCACAAUUUAUUCUUAUACCUGUUGAUAUCUAUUCAGAAAUGUAUUCGGAAGCCAAAUCAGUGUGGGCUCGGAGGAACACACCAAGGAUUGGAUACCGUUCAGCAUGAAGAGGUAACUAUGUCUUGAAUUCCAUGAAUAAGAAACAGGAAGAUAGUAAAAUGACAUUAAUUGCUGAUAAUCUGUUUGUAUAUGUACCUGUCAACCUUUUCGUCAAGAUUAAUCUUGUAUAUACAUGAAAAGGCCAAGAGGAUUCAACAUCUAUAUACAUAAUAAAUUAAUUUUGAUCAUGUAUAUACAAUGUAAUGUUCUGGAGAACCCCCUUGCACCCCUGGAUCUGCCCCUGGUAUGAAUACACCAGCUAUGUGGGCAGAUACCAACAGAUUCUAUAGGACAUAUAGUUAAUUAACCCCACAUGAUCAACUCAGUUCAAACUACAAGUCCUAUCAAGAUCUGAUUUCCUGUCAAAUUACGACAGAAAUCUCAAUGACAAUAGUGAAACAUGCAAGGAGAGAACUCAAAGUUGUCUACAUCAAUAAAUUAAGGAGAAUAAAGGUAUAAUGAUCUUGGUUAGAAGAAGCCUAAUAUGGAUGAUUCUUGAUGUAAGUGGAUAUCCGAAUACAUGAGGAGAACAGAAGAAGUUACUCUUAGCUGAAUAACUAGAGGUCUUAUGCCUUGUUGGGGUCGUCUUAAUUAAUGGACCAUCAGGCUUAAUUUUAUUCAAACAAGUGCGAGAAACAAUGGAAAAGAGAAAGCUAGCUUCUACCAUCAAUGACCGUCGGCUAACAUAUUCAGUGUCAGUGUGAUUGGAGAAAGUAAUGAAUUUGAAGGAACUUAUCUUGUUAGAGUUGAAUGUCG